CGACAGUGCCAACGAUGUUCCGCACAUUACUCUCAACAACGCGACACUUUGGCUCUCUCCGAUCCUUCCUCCGCCCCUCCCCGCUCUUCCGCCUCCAACCCCCGAUCUUCCUGCAUGAUCAUGCGCACGAGCAACCGCAGAUGCUCCUCGCACGCGGUAUGAAAGUCCGGUCGGCGAUGAAGCUGUUUUGCGAAGGAUGUAGGAUGGUCAAGAGGAAGGGGAGGAUAUAUGUCAUUUGUAGCAAGGACCCGAAGCACAAGCAGCGUCAAGGUUGAAGCUAUCAACAAACUAUCUUGGAUAACCGAAAGAGGGCGUCCAUAUGUUCAUGUGAUGGAAAUGAGAUGUGUCCCUGUUAACAUUAUCUGAAGAUGACACGUCUGGAUGGGGAGGGCACUUCGUUGAGGCGGAACUUGGGGAAAAGAGGCAUGGUACCGAGAGAAUCAUGCCACAAUUGUAUAAUUAAUUCAGUUGAUGUUCACAUUAUGCAUCGGAGUAUGCUCUCUGCUCAAAGGAAAGCGAAUCUCAGUAAUGCAUCGAGGUCUUGGC